AGCUUGCUGCAUUCUGCAGUGAAACACUUGAAAGCUGUCUUUUAAUUAUUUAAAACAAAAAUUGUAUUAAAAAGAACGUGAAAACAUCAUGGCUGACAACAAACUAAAAAUAGAAAAGGUCUAGCUAGGAUCUUUUUGGGCGAAGUAUAACCAAACAUUACAACCUUCUUCCCACGUGCCAUUUUUUUCAUGAUGCAUCGUCCUUUAGUAUGAGCCCAGAUAUUUCAAUUUUACUUUUCACGUUUUUUUAAAGUUUUCUUCUCCUGAAUAAAACUCACAUUCCAUACCGAAAAAAACAAUAAUAGUCCCUUGGUUCUUUCUUUAAUUUACUAACCCACUACUACCUCACUAUAGUUUUGCAGGCUGGGAAGUUUCUUACAUAUUACUGACAAACUCUCCGAAUGUUACAUCGAUCACAAUAUUCUCAUCAAAUAUUUUGCAGUGUACAGUCGACUGAAGAAACUUCUGCAUGGUGGAGUGGUGAUGUCAGACUACCCCAAACAUGAAAACUCAGGGUUACCAAUCCUGGGUCCUCAGUUCUCUCGUAUGAUGGGUAUGUCGUCAGGAGCCAAAACAAGAGAAAAAAUUAAAGGAAUUCAACUGCGGGGAUUUUGUGCCCAACGCCUGAGGAAGCAAGCCACAGUCGCUGCUGCUCUCGCCGUAUUUGUCGUGGUAGCCAAAGUUACCUACAACAACUCCAAAAAACGCAAGUACCUGAAGUUCUAUGAAACCUAUGAUGCUGCAGCCGAUUUUGAGCGCAUGAAGAAGGCAGAUGUGUUCCAGUGUUUGAAACAGGAUUGAAUGGAGUGACAUCUAAUGACAAAUAGAUGGAAGCCCAAAUUGUCAUAUGCCGUUCACAUCAUGUACUGUAAGACUUCCAAGUAUUUGUAGUAGUUACUAGAGGGAAUCUGCUUGAAACUUAUCCAAUGAAUGAAUUCAUAGAAACAAAGGAUGCACAUAGUUUCCUCCACAUCCCCUACAUCACAUAGUUUCUUUAAGGUUUUAUUUAAUCACUCUUAAAGUUAAGCAAUUCUUUUUACAUCACAGAAAUAUCAGUUUAAAUUAUUUGAUUUCAUUAUCUGAUAGCAGAUUAUUUUGGUGUUCUUUAGUGGUAACAAAUCAGCCUUUCAUCACUUGAAAAAAAAUGACAAAGAUGCUUAUGUUUUAUGACUGUUAGAGCACUGGAUUUUGUUGUUGAAAUGGUGGAGCAAAACCAAAAACUAACAUCUGUUUAAAAAAAAAAAAACUAUACAAGGGUCUGUAUGAACUUAAGUUUUCAUCUUAGUUUAAAGUUUCCAGUUUCACACAAUAAAGUUCAGAUUU